UUGAAGCCAAAGAGGAACCCCAUUGGGGUGCGCAUUGCGCCAUUAACGUCCGGCCAAAUCCAUCAUUUAUAUAUUCUAGAGCAAGUGAACAGAGAGAGAGAGAGAGAGUGAAACCAGUCAUUUUCUCUCACUGUGUAGUUCAAGUUGCGAUGGGAGGAGGCACAGCGAUGGAGCCCGUGUCGAGCCAGCCUCGGUGGCGGAUGGAGAAGUUUGAGGUUUAUCGGGUGGUACUUCAAGGACUCAGAGAUUCGGAGAACAAAGAGGCGAGUCAACCAGGUUUCGAGGUCGAGUUAUGCAAUCACUUCGAUCGAUUUCCUCCUAGCUAUGCAACAGAAGUGAAUGUAUUGCAGCCAGAAGAUGUUAUUACGCACAUGAGGUUGCUGCGUCGGGCAGAAGACCCUACUACUAGACCUGCAUUUGAAGUCCGUAUUGUGCAGUUCAAGAGCAAUGUGGAUGCACAAACUUCUGGUGGUUCUACCAAGCUGAAACAGUUCUUUGAAAUUGCCUUUUCAACGGUUGACAAGCCCAAACUCCUCAAUCAGUUAACUUCCUUACUUUCUGAGAUUGGGCUGAAUAUCGAAGAAGCACAUGCUUUUUCAACUUCAGAUGGUUACGCCUUGGAUGUAUUUGUUGUUUAUGGCUGGCCAUCCGAGGAAACAGAGCAGCUUAAGGAUGCAUUGGAGAAGAAAAUUCCUAAGAUUGAGAUCGAGGACAUCAAUACUGCAGACAAAAGGAUUGCAUCACGCCUGAAGAUUGAACAGACAGCAAAGGCUCUUCAGGAAGCACGGGUCCGUGUGCAACUACUGGAAGAGGAGCAUGCCUUGGCUGUUCAGGAAGACCUCGCCAUAGCUAGUGUAGCCACAUCUUCUCCACAGUUGGGCCCAGACGACUCUGUUUUUAAGGACGUCUUGAUUAGGUUUUCAUUGUAAUAUGUUGUUUGCUUUAACUUUCACAGCAUGGAAAUGGAUUAUGUACUCUAUGUAUUAUAGCAAUCCCCCUUCAUACCUUAUCCACCCAAAACAUUAUCCGCCCGACAAACAGGCCGUUAUGAGAUUGUCAACGGCUAUUAUACGCCAGCAAGAGUGGGAUGGUUUCUUAAUCGGCCCAAUCAGUGUUAACUUCAUUAAGAUGUACUAUCCAUGAUGUAAUGAAGUUUUGACGUUGUAUUCAAAUAAGUUGCAAGUUGUAUAACGAUGUGAUUCAAAGUGUAACAGAUGAGUUACGAAAGUUGUCCCAAAAAUUUCA